GGUUCCCUGAGUCCUCUGGUACUGGACCCGUCUCUGUUUGCCAAGGUCGUCUCAUUGGGAUCAAACUGCUUUUGUCUCUUCACCCUGUUGCCACAACAUGCAGCCUCGUCAGUGUGGAAAUGACGUGUCUCCCCAGCUUUUUGUGAGCCCAUAAAGGAUGGACUGUCUUCUUUGUAACAGGGAGGGAGAGAGAGAGGGUCCAAAGAAGACCAGGGAGCCGUACGGAGAAUAGAAAUUCAGUCUUGAUUUCUGGGAGAAAGAUAACAUUGACCUCAUAUUUACCGGAGGCGCGGAUAAAACUGUGUAGGAACGGAGCCACUCGAGGGACACACAAAUGUGAACGACGCGCACGGAAGCUACUCAGGUGCAGAGAAACCAAACUGGCGGCGCACUUAGGAUGCAGAAGUCACCAGUGGAAGAUGCCAAUUGUUUCUCCAAAUUUUUCUUCUGGUGGACGACACCACUGCUGAGGAAGGGCUUCACAAAGAACUUGGAGCUUACAGAUGUGUACAAGGCUCCUUCUUUUGAUCUGGCAGACACCCUGUCUGAGAGACUUGAAAGAGAAUGGGACAGGGAGGUGGCGUCAGCCAAAAACAAGCCCAAGCUGAUGAGAGCCCUGGCCCGCUGCUUCUUCGGUCCUUUUGCCUUCUUUGGUGUCCUCCUCUACCUCGGGGAGGCUUCCAAGUCGGUGCAGCCACAGCUUCUGGGUCGAAUCAUUGCCUCCUUCGACACGACCGCCACUCUUGAGCAGAGCCAGAGCUACUUCCUGGCGCUGGGCCUUACUCUCCUCUUCACUGCUCGCUUCCUCCUGCUGCAGCCUGCCAUCUUUGGCUUGCAUCACCUGGGCAUGCAGAUCCGCAUUGCCCUCUUCAGUCUUAUAUAUAAGAAGACCCUGAAGUUGUCCAGCCGAGUCUUGGAUAAGAUCAGCACCGGUCAGCUGGUCAGUCUGAUGUCCGCCCACCUCAACAAGCUGGAUGAGAGCCUUGGUCUGGCCCACUUUGUAUGGAUCACCCCUCUUCAGUGUAUACUGUGUGUGGGUCUGAUCUGGGAGCUGAUUGAUGUGAACAGCCUCUGUGCCUUGGCAGCUCUCACCCUGCUGGGCAUCAUACAGGCCUGGCUCUCACAGCAGAUGAGACCCCACCGGGUGAAGCGAGCAGGGAUGAUCAGCCGCCGCCUGGCUCUCACCUCAGAGAUUGUGGAGAACAUUCACUCUGUGAAGGCGUACGGGUGGGAGGAAGUGAUGGAGACCAUCAUCAAGAACAUCAGGCAGGAUGAGAUGACACUGACAAGAAAGAUUGGUUCUCUGCGUUACUUCUACAGCGCCUCAUACUUCUUCUCUGCCAUCUUGGCUAUUGUGUCAGCUAUUGUACCUCGUGCACUCACUACAGGCAUCGCCCUUCGUCCUAUCUUCACCACAGCCUCCUACUGUAUGGUGCUGCGAAUGACACUGACCCGCCAGCUGCCGGGAUCCAUCCAGAUGUGGUACGAUACACUGGCACUGGUCAAGAAGAUUGAGGAAUUCUUGAUGAAAGAAGAAUACAGGAAGCUGGAGAACAACCUGACCACAAAUGAAGUGGAACUAGUCAAUGUGUCUGCAUCAUGGGAUGAGGGCAUUGGUGAGCUGUUUGAGAGGAUCAAGCAGGAAAACAAAGCAAAUGGACAACCAAAUGGUGAUGCCGGCCUGUUUUUCACCAACCUCUACGUCACACCUGUCCUCAGAAACAUCAGCCUGUCCUUGGAGAAGGGCAAGAUGCUGGCAGUUGCAGGAUCCACUGGCUCAGGGAAGAGCUCCCUGCUCAUGAUGAUCCUGGGUGAGUUGGUGCCGUCAGAGGGUAAAAUCAUGCACAGCGGUCGCAUCUCCUUCUCGCCACAGACUGCCUGGAUCAUGCCGGGAACAAUUCGUGACAACAUCCUGUUUGGCCUGACCUAUGACGAGUACCGCUACACCUCCGUCAUCAAGGCCUGCCAGCUGGAAGAGGACUUUGCCUUGCUGCCAGACAAAGACAAGACACUCCUGAUGGAAGGAGGAGUGACCCUCAGCGGCGGUCAAAGGGCUCGCCUUGGGCUGGCCAGGGCUGUGUAUAAAGAUGCUGACCUCUACCUCUUGGAUGCACCUUUCACACACCUGGACAUUGUGACCGAGAAAGAUAUCUUUGAGAAAUGCCUCUGUAAACUUAUGGCCUCCAAAACACGUGUUGUGGUCACCAGCAAGUUGGAGCAUCUCAAAGUAGCAGACAAGAUUCUCCUCCUGCACAAUGGAGACUGCUACUUCUAUGGCACCUUCUCAGAGCUGCAGAGCCAGCGUCCUGACUUCAGCUCCCUCCUCCUUGGCCUCGAGGCUUACGACAACAUCAAAGCACAGCGACGCAGCUCAAUUCUCACAGAAACUCUCCGCAGGGUCUCCGUCGAUGAAAACGCCAGCAUCCGAGGUCCAGAGCCAGUUCGCCAGUCUUUCCGCCAGCCCCCAACUCCAAUAGUGGUUUCUGGAUCUCAAGGCCAUCCUGUAGGUGAUGGCUACCCAGAAAAACGCAAACAGUCACUCAUCCUUAGUCCCCUGGCAGCUGCUCGUAAGUUCUCUUUUACUGGCAGCUCCCAACAGACAGCGACUAAUCCACAAACCACCACGACAGAGGACGGGGUUCAUGAACUUUCUGAGAGGAAAUUCUCAGUCGUACCAGAGGAUGAUCAAGUAGAGGAGGUGCUCCCCAGGAGUAACCUGUACCAUCAUGGACUGCAGCAUUUCAACGGACAGCGGCGCCAGUCUGUCCUGGCUUUCAUCACCAACGCUCAGGGCCAAGAGCGCAGAGAACAGAUGCAGUCUUCCUUCAGAAGAAAGCUGUCCAUCAAGCCGCAGUGUGAUCUGUCCUCUGAACUCGACAUUUAUGCCCGUCGCCUGUCCAAGGACAGCGUUUAUGACAUUAGUGAGGAAGUGGGUGAAGAAGACAUGGAGCAAUGCUUUGCAGAUGAACAUGAGAAGGUCUUUGAAACUACAUCAUGGAGUACUUACCUACGCUACAUCAGUACCAAUAGGAGCUUAGUCUACGUUCUCAUUUUCAUUGUCUUUGUCUUCAUCAUUGAGACAACAGAAGACGACGUUGCAGUCUGUACUGAAACCCUGUCCUGUCUGCAGUUGCAGUAUUUGCCCCCCACAGAUCAAGAGCUAUACUGCAAAAUCCAGUCAGAUAGUGCCAACUCUUCACCACAAAACAUUAAUGAGCAGCACUCAAACCUCACGUCGCCCCCUGUCCAUCGGGGAGUAAUAGCCACAUCGAGCAGUGCUUACUACAUCAUGUACAUCUAUGUGGCCACAUCAGAGAGCGUGCUGGCUUUGGGAUUCUUCAGGGGUCUCCCACUGGUGCAUACAUUACUCACUGUGUCCAAGAGACUGCAUGAGCAGAUGCUUAGCGCUGUGCUACGAGCCCCCAUGGCUGUGCUCAACACUAUGAAGACAGGCAGGAUCAUGAACAGAUUCACCAAGGACAUGGCCACCAUAGACGACAUGCUGCCUCUGGUGGUGUUUGACCUUGUACAGCUGACGUUGAUUGUUACGGGUGCCAUCUUCACCGUGUCCAUCAUAAAACCAUACAUCUUCAUCGCUGCGAUCCCACUGGGUGUCAUAUUUGUUAUCCUUAGGAAGUACUUCCUACGAACAGGGCAGCAACUCAAACUAUUGGAGGCUGAAGCUCGUAGUCCCAUCUUCUCCCACCUCAUCAUCUCGCUGAAGGGUUUAUGGACAAUUCGGGCAUUUGGGCGCCAAACCUACUUCGAGAUGCUCUUCCACAAGGCGCUGAACACUCACACAGCCACGUGGUUCCACUACCUGGCCACUCUGCGUUGGUUCCUUUUCCGGUGCGACAUGAUAUUUGUCUUGUUCUUCACCGCUGCUGCCUUCAUCGCUGUCGGAACCAACCAGAAUAAAGCAGGGGAUAAAGCAGGGGAGACUGGCAUCAUCGUGGCCCUGGCCAUGCUCAUCCUGGGGACUUUCCAAUGGGCUGUCAUCACCAGCAUCACUGUAGACGGACUGAUGCGUUCGGUGGAUCGAGUCUUCAAAUUCAUUGACCUGCCGUCAGAGGAGGCUCUGCCGGGGAAACCUGGUGGUAAAGGAGGGCCCGACCUCGUCAUCGACAACCCUCAUGCCCAUGACUUCUGGCCCAGCUGUGGCCAGAUGGAUGUUCAGGGCCUCACUGUCAAAUACACAGAGACUGGGCGCCCCGUCCUCAGCGAAAUCUCCUUCUCUGUGGAGGGUGGACAUAGUGUAGGUCUACUGGGUCGAACAGGUUCGGGUAAGAGCACCCUGCUGUCUGCUCUGCUGCGUCUCGCUUCCACUGAUGGAGAAAUCUCCAUCGACGGCGUCUCCUGGAGCUCCGUCUCCCUACACACCUGGAGAAAGGCCUUCGGGGUGGUGCCACAGAGAGUAUUUAUUCUGACUGGAACUUUCCGGAUGAACCUGGACCCACACGGACGUUACAGCGAUGAAGAGCUGUGGAGGGUAGCUGAAGAGGUGGGUCUGAAGUCUGUGAUCGAACAGUUUCCAGACAAGUUAGACUUCCAGCUGGAGGACGGCGGCAACGUGUUGAGCAACGGACACAAACAGCUGCUGUGUCUCGCUCGCUCCAUCCUCAGCAAGGCCCGCAUCCUGCUGCUGGACGAACCCUCCGCUUACCUUGACUCCAUAACCUUACAGGUCCUGAGGAAGACGCUGAAGCAGGCGUUCUCAGGCUGCACCGUCAUCCUAUCGGAACACAGAGUGGAGCCGCUGCUGGAGUGCCAGUCAUUCCUGAUGAUCGAAGGCAGCUCCAUGAAAAGCUAUGACUCCAUCCAGAAACUGCUGAAUGAGACAAGUCACCUGAAACAGGCCAUGAGCGCUGCCGAUCGGCUCCGCCUCUUCCCAGCACUCCAUCGACUCAACUCCAGCAAGAGGGUGGCGCCACAGACCACCAAGAUCUCAUCUUUGCCAGAGGAGGCUGAGGACGAAGUCCAUGACACUCGCCUCUAACCGGCCAGUCAGGCAAACACACGCACGAGCACGGACAUAACUGACUUUGAUCCAGUGUUUUGAUACAGAAGGUCAAAUUGUGGGACUUUUAAAACACCACAGGAGCACAGGCAGACAAAUAAAUUAAAGCUAAAUUAAGAUCGAAUAUCUGCUGAAUCAAAUUGAAAUCACUGAAUUGUACUGUAUCCUAACAGAUUCUGCAGUAUCGUUUUUGUACGUAAUCGUGGACCAUGUAUUAAGUUAGGUAUCAAAUCGUGUGAGAGAAAGAGAUGCAUACUCCUAUUUUAUAUUCAUUCAGAAAAGACGUUCAGCCUCACAGUCCACAGACAGAUGUGCACUAUAGUAGGAAACCUGCUACAGUAUGUGCAGAUUUUAAUGGGAUGAAAAUGGACUCAAAAUGAAUAAUUCAUAUGAAGAAGAUGAAGAGAGAUCAGAGCUUUGUGAAACAGUUCUUUAAGGGAAUUAAGGCAAAGUGCAGCUGUACUCAGCAGGAGACUUCCUCAGUGGCUUCGUGUUUUGUGUUCAAGUUUUUUUCCUCAGUAUCUUCGGUCAGUCUGACAGUGCAGUAACUCUGCUGUUGUCAGCACACACAUCAAUAGGAAGAAUGAUGCUACUAAUGACUCAGAUACCCUUAUUUUUUUAUCUGUAUGCACUUUAGAGAACAUGCCCAGGUACUCAUCAGCUUUUACAGCUGUGGAAUGAUUAAAUGCUGUACAACCGUUUUUCAGUUCCUCCAUACAUUGUGAGUGUAAAUGUUGAUUUUUUUUUUUACCUUUGAUAACAAAGUAUGCUUUUUUUCUACUGUUUGGUCUCCUGUGCUUGAUGAAUUGUAAAGACAAAUUAAUAAUUCAGCAAUACAAAAAUUACAAUUUGUCUGAGAAAGCGUUGUUACAGAACCACUGCUGUACAAACAUUUAGCAUUCACUAAUUAGUACAUGGAAACCAUUUUGGCUCAUAUUUUUAUAUUCUUUGGUUGAGGGAAGAGUGUGUUGCUUCUUUAAUUAGCAGUUUUGUAAAGCAGUGGUGCAGAAAUUUAAGGUACCACAGAGAAAGGCCUUGAUAUGCUUAUUGUGACUUUGAGUGUAAAUUAAGAGCAAACCUGUUCCUAAUUCAUAGGAAAGGGACGCAGAUGUCCAAAAACUGUAUAGAUGAAUUUGUUUCAGUAAAACUAAAGCUCCUGAGAAUUUUCACUAUGGUUGUCAUUUUUCUUAAAAGUCAGUGUGUGUCAGUUAAUGUUAAAGGAAAGUUGCGCUUUAUUUCUUGUUCAUAAGGAAGGAAUAGUUUGAGUUUAUCCAGGUGAGUGUUAAAACAGUAUUUCUGUAUCACUGUCAUGGGUGUAGUGCUGCCAGAACGCACGGGAAGACCCGGUCAUCAGAUGUCAGACAAAAUACAAAACCACAGUUUGUCUGAGGCUCGAAUGCAGCUUCAGCUGUUCCACUAAGCUGGUCUGAGUUGGUAUCUUUCAAAAUUCUAGUCUAAGACAGAUUUCUCUCUUUGGAGCUGUGUAUUUUGGCCCUCAUUUUUCGCAGUGUAGUGGCGUUCCAGGUGGAAACGUUCAGGGUCAGUGUGGACAGUAGAAGUGACGACUGAGGUCUAUGCUCAUGUACAUACUGUAGGAGUACCAACACAAAAUGGUGCAGUACACGGUCUGAUCAUUUCAAUGCCCAUCAAAUGCGCAAAGAGGAAGCAAGAUUUGAUACCUAAUGCUGUGAGCAGCACCGUUCAUUUUCAUUCAUUCAUUCAUUUUC